AUGAAACCCAGCAACAAUAAUAAUGCUGCCAAGGUCACAAAGCCUCCUUUCGUACCAGCCAAAGACGACACCAAACCUGUGCUUCAAGACCCAAUACUGAGGUCUGAUCCGACUGAGACAGAGGAAGCUGCGCUUCGGUUGCCUACACUUCCUAUUAACAGUUCAAAAAAUCCUCAACCCCAAAAUGAUUUGAGAUGUUGGAGAAUGAAUGAUGAAGUCUGA